CUCUCUGCUUUCAAGACCACGGGCACUCAACCAGCACCCGCCUUUGGAAUGGGAGGACAGCAAACCUCAAGCUUUGGGCUGUCAAGCUUUCCUGUCAGCAGCAGCAGCAGCAGUAGUACCAGUGCCAGCAGUUUCUCCUUUAAAGCCAGUUCCAGCCUCAUCAGUUCAGCAUCACCUGGGAGCAGCCCUGCUGCUGGCAGCUCUUCUGCUGCUGCAAAUCCUCCUGCAUUUGGGACAACAUCCUCUCCUAGCGCUCCCCAAUCCGCUGGCUUUGGCAGCGCGGCCGCUCCAUCCGCAGCCUCCUUCUCCUUCAAAGCAGCUGCCACAGCUGGUGGCUUUGGCACUUGUGGCUUUUCAGGCUUUGGCAGUGCUUCUGCUGUGAACUCUGCAAGCACCACUGUGCUCCCAGCCUUUGGAGCCUUUAGUGCCCCUGUAGGCUCUUCUGCCUCGCCUUCCAGCAGUGCUUUAUUUGGACAGAGCGCCAGUGCCUCUGGACAUGCUGUCACCUCGGCCUCUGCUGCAGCCACCAGCUCAGAGAAGUUAUUCACACCCAAGAGCGAGUUGUCAGCUGAAGAGUGGCAACAGUUUGAAGCAAAGGAGUUCACAAUUGGAAAGAUUCCUCUUAAGCCACCACCACUAGAACUUUUAAAUGCUUUUGACCUUGUAAGUUUAUUC